CCGAUCUGCCGUGCCUCGAAUCUACCUCGAAUCUACUAAUGCUGUACUGCCUAUAUACCGACAUACCCCUGUUUCCGAGAUGGAAUCCAGCCUGUGCCAAGAGAACGUAGCGCAAUAGGUACUCAACUUGCACAUCUAUCUCGAGGCAAACCGCCGAGAAGAGCUACACCUACGAGUACGAUAUAGGCAAGGUAGACAUAUAAUAAAAUCACCAAAACCCAGCAAUGAGAAAGCAGAAAAGCAAAUCUCACCCCCUUCCAGCCCCCACCUUCAUAAUCUCAAAUCUCUCGAAGCAAAAAUAAAAAAAACCAAUCCGAAUCAAGAAGUCAAGAACGAAGAAAAAGAGGAACCCAAAGAAAUCAGACCCAACGGAAUGGCGUGAGGUCUGCUGCGGACAGACGAAGAAAUCUGACUGGGUCCCCCCCCCUCGGGGCAGCGCAUGAACAAUCUCGUUCUUUUCGUCCAAAAGCUGCGCGCCAAGCCUCCGCCCCAUGCACUUACUAGUACGUGCUUUUCUGCUUUCUGGUGCAGUAGUGCCUCUUCUCUAUUCGAUGCUAUGGAGUACGCCAGACGUUAUAUUGCGACAGUUGCAGUGCUCGUGCUUUGGGCGCGCUUGGAGGAUGACGACGUUUGGCUGCAACGAGGCGUGUCGGCAUCAUCUGUAAGAACAAAACACUCCCGGAAGAAAGAAGAAGAAUAUGAAAGAAAAGGGGGGCGAAAUCUGCCCUUUUCUGAUUUCCUCUCCUCAUUCGUCUGAUCCAUCUCCAUCCUCAGCCAGCCUGUACUGUAUGUACUCAUAACAAUACGCCGUCGG